UUCUAAGAUGGCGGUGGCGGGGCCUCGGCUCGCUCCCGGGUUACUCGCGGCCGCUCUCCUCCUGGCAACAGCAACAACAACAACAGCAGCAGCAGCUUCUUCCUCGGCUUGUCCCCCGCAAUGCUUCUGCGACGACGGCCUGGUGGAUUGCAGCAGGCGGCAAGCGGCGGCGAUUCCUCAACAGCUUCCAGUCUGGGUCAAGCAACUAGACUUGAGUCGUAAUCAAUUGGUUUCCACAAAGCACCUAGUUUUCGAGGGUCUUCACACACUUCUGGAAGUGAAUAUCAACUACAAUCUACUCUCUACAAUCCCAACACUGGGCUCAGCCACAGCCAACAUUACCAUCCUGUCACUAACACACAAUCGGGUAACAGAGGUAACUGCUGAGGACCUUCUACCAUACAGCGCUUUGGAAACCUUGGAUCUGAGCUCAAAUUUAAUUUCAGAAAUCAAAACUUCUUCGUUCCCUAUAAUGCAACUGAGAAACCUACACUUGAAUAAUAAUCGAAUUACCAUCCUAGAACCGGGCUGUUUUGAUAAUCUGUCCAGCACCUUGCUCGUCCUCAAACUGAACAGGAAUAAAAUUACUGUCAUUCAGCCAAAGAGCUUCCACUUGCCUCAGCUUCAGUACCUGGAGCUAAAACGUAACAGAAUGAGAAUUAUUGAGAGUCUAACGUUUCACGGCCUCGACUCAUUGAAGUCAUUGAAACUGCAGCGUAAUGGGAUUUGCGAGCUGAAGGACGGAGCCUUUUGGGGGCUGAAUGAAAUCACGGAGCUAGACUUGGAACAUAAUAACUUAACAGAAGUCACCAAGGGCUGGCUAUAUGGCCUCAAACUGUUGCAGCAUCUCCACCUGAGCCAGAAUGCCAUCACCAGAGUCAGUGCAGAUGCCUGGGAGUUCUGCCAGAAGCUGACUGAAUUAGACAUGACAUACAAUCAGAUGACUCGUUUAGAUGAGUCUACUUUUGUCGGCUUGAAUUUGCUUGAGAGUUUGUACAUGGGAGACAACAGAGUAAGUUAUAUCGCUGAUGGAGUCUUUAGCAGUUUGUCUAACCUGCUGACACUUGAUCUCAGGAACAACGAAAUUUCAUGGGCCAUCGAGGAUUCAAAUGGUGCUUUUACCGGAUUAGCCAAGCUGCGAAAGUUAAUCCUGCAGGGCAGCAAAAUAACAUCCAUCACAAAGAAAGCAUUUUCUGGGCUGGAAACACUUGAAUACCUAGAUUUGAGCAACAAUGCCAUCAUGUCUAUUCAAGAAAAUUCUUUUGCCCAAAUGAGCUUGAAAGAACUGGGCCUGAACACAUCCAGUCUUCUGUGUGACUGUCAGCUGAAGUGGCUGCCUCCAUUUCUGGUGGAAAAACAGUUUCAGCACAUGGUCACUGCCAACUGUGCUCACCCUGUGUGGCUGGCAGGGAAAAGCAUCUUUAAUGUUGAUGCAGAAGACUACAUUUGUGAUGCUUUCCCUCGGCCAGUGAUCACUGUCCAUCCUGAAACCACUGUGGCUUUGAGAGGGAUGAAUGUCAGCUUUAGUUGCACAGCUUGCAGCAGCAGUGACUCGCCCAUGGCUGCUGCCUGGAGAAAGGACAGUGAAUUAUUAUAUGAAGCUGAAAUCCAAAACUAUUCUAGCUUGCAAGAACAGGAUGGUGAAUUCGUCGAAUACACCACCAUACUGCAACUGCGCAAUGUCAAUUUCACAGACGAGGGGUGGUAUCAGUGUGUCAUCACAAAUUACUUUGGCUCCAAUUACUCGAACAAGGCAAAGCUAACGGUGAAUGAACUCCCCUCAUUUAUGAAAACCCCCAUGGAUUUAACAAUCCGGACGGGUGCAAUGGCACGGCUGGAGUGUGCUGCAGGAGGUCACCCGAUGCCACAGAUUGCUUGGCAGAAAGAUGGCGGCACAGACUUUCCAGCAGCACGGGAACGGCGUAUGCAUGUCAUGCCAGAGGAUGAUGUGUUCUUCAUUGCAAAUGUUAAGAUGGAGGACAUGGGCAUGUACAGCUGUAUGGCCCAAAACACAGCAGGAGGCAUUUCCGCAAAUGCCACACUGACUGUCCUAGAAACUCCCUCAUUUGUGCGGCCAUUAGAAAAUCGGACUGUUGCGAGAGGAGAGACUGCAGUUUUACAGUGUAUAGCUAGUGGUAGUCCCACUCCACGCCUGAAUUGGACCAAGGACAAUGGCCCUUUAACAGUAACAGAGAGACACUUUUUUGCUGCUGCCAACCAGCUUCUGAUCAUUGUGGAUGCUGGCCCAGAGGACAUUGGGAAAUAUACCUGUGUCAUGUCAAACACGCUUGGAACAGAGCGAGGGCACAUUUUUCUGAAUGUGAUUCCAACUUCCAACUGUGACUCCAUGCAGAAAACCUCUGUCUUUGGAGAUGACGGCUGGACAACAAUUGGAAUUGUAAUCAUAGUCGUGGUGGUUUGUGUGGUGGGCACGUCUCUGGUCUGGGUGAUUGUUAUCUACCACAUGAGACGAAAGAGUGAAGAUUACAGUAUUACAAAUACAGAUGAAAUGAAUUUGCCCGCUGACAUUCCAAGUUAUCUGUCAUCCCAAGGAACGCUGUCUGAGCCUCAGGAAGGCUACAGCAACUCUGAGGCUGGAAGCCACCAACAGCUGAUGGCCUCCACUGCCCAUGGCUACAUACAUAAAGGAACUGAUGGUAUUUGCUAUGUGGAUACUGGGAGUGAGACGGAUGCUGAUUUGCUGACCACUCCCCUUGGUACAAACCUGCAUGGGAGAAUGGGAUGUUUCUAUGCAGGGCGAAGCAGCUUCCACCCGAGUGAGCCUCGUGAAGGACUGGCACAGCAGACCAACCCAGGUGGUACUUCUGGGCCAGUAGUGAUCUGCUCAGACUGUUACGACAAUGCAAACAUAUACUCAAGGAACCGAGAGUACUGCCCAUACACAUUCCUUGGAGAGGAAGAUCCCCUGGAACAUUCUCUGACCAAUAUUAUGGGUCAGCUUCCAAAGGACAGCUUCACAGUACAUGCUCAGCAUGAAGGUAUAGCCAUAGACAGUCUGAUGACAGAGGCCAACAUGUCCAUUUAUUUAACAAAUCACAACAGGAAAAGCAAUCCAGCAAGUGCACAGCAGCACCAGAAGGAAUCUUGCCCACAGCCUCCUUGGGGUUCGAAUACAGAUUCAGGACAUUCUCAUUAUUCACAGCAACCUGUGACUAUCCACGAGAAUCCCCAGGCUUUUUUGGAAGGUGACAAUGAGACAGAGGAUGGGGCUGAACCCUCCGUAGCUAAAAGCAGACUGAGCCAGAGAAGCCUUGAGCAGAGCACUGGCAAUGAGCGGACUGUAGACAUGCAGGCUUAUGGUGCCACUACGUAGACCAUGUAUGUGCUGAAUGCACAUAUACUGUUGGUCCCCUGGGCAUCAGAACCUCCAUUCACUACCUCAAAGCAUUGACACUGAGGCCAGAACUGGCUAUGUAUGUUUAUGAUUAGGCUUGACAGCUCCUCAUCUUCAUUUACAACAAUCCUUCGAAGGAAGCAACAAAGAAUGGUUCGUUAUUGAGUACAUUUUUCUGGUGUAAGCCACAUUAAUAUGAGACUUUAGUAUUUCAGCCACUAUCCUAGGGCAACGAUGACAAUUGGAAUUGUGGAAUGCUCCCUGAAAUAUUGGCAAGCCUCUUGGAAUCCCAUAAUAAAAAUUAAAAUUGCCUGCAGCAUUGGCUAUGGAAAAUGCUCCCUCCAGCUAAAUAAUUGGACCCCUUAAUUUUCUCUCUGUGUACUCACCAAAAAUUCAUCUUGUGUUCAGCUCAGUGUCCUCCUCCGUAUAAGUCCAGCUUUGGAACGCUAAAAUUAGGUUACUGGAUAUAUAUUUCAUCAUUCCAGUGAAUGCAGUGUGCCGAAUGUUACUGAGAUUGUGCUGUCAAAACUGCAGAAAGUACAUUUAACUGAUUUGAGAGCAGCAAAUGGAUGAGUAAUCAUAUGUAAUUGUUCUCCUGUCUGAACUGACUUCACAAGAACACAAUUGUGAGGUUUCCAGCUCCAGUUGGGACUUACCAAUUAGCCUUUCGAAAAGAAUCUCAUCUUUGCCAAGACAGCAGCUCUCCGUUGUAAAUGCAUCCAAAAGAACAUUCUCUCUUCUCUCCCAAGUGUGACAAUUAUGUCGGCAGUCAGCUGGCAGACACCACACUGAGUUAUUAGUUAUAAUCCAGCUUCAGUGCAACAAAUACAGAGCCAUUACAGUAUCCGGACUGUGCUUAUAAUGUAGGAUAUACUGAUUGAAUUGUGAGUUUUUGCACUGCUGCCAGAAGAAGAUUUAUAAUGAUAAAUACAUUCCUGGUUUUUUUUAAAUCAUUGGAGUUUUAAAAAGAACUUGCAGUGCUCCAGCCACAGUUAACUCAGUGUGACAUGACUCUUGUGUCUCGCCUGCGAGAUUUGAGCAGGACCAUUUUUGGAUUGGCACAGGACUACUGCUUAGAAAAAAGAUAGUCUUCGAUUGCCUGUCUGUGAGUGUGAGAAUUUUAAAAUGCCGGAUGUUGGUUGGCCAGCUGAUGUGUUCAUGCUUGAGGUUGUCCUCGGCUGUUCAAGACUUGAACUGGAACCGAAGCAGUGACAACAGCUGCACUUAAUGAAAUUGAGUGGCAAAUGCAGUGAGCCUCUCCUCCACGUGGAUUGCCAUAUAAUCUUGGCAUGAUAAUCAUAAACAUCCAUGCUUGGAUUUCAUUUUGGCUCUACUGGUGAUUCCUUGUUGGUUAGCUAGCAGGAGAGAACGUGUUGGUGGGGGCAAUGUCAAAGCAUUAAACGGUUCCAUGUGGCUGAUAAACUUUCCUCCCUGGUCACAAUGUCCUUGUCUCUAUUGGAACCUUUGGUAUAAAUUGACUGUUGCAUUUAUAACUUUUAUAUAUAUUAUAUAUAUAUAUAUAUUCUAUACAUAUGCACAUGUUAAAAUCAAAUGUGGAGCCUUACAUAUUGUAAAUAAGUUUCCUUUUUUAAAUUAUGGAUUUGAAAGCUUGUUGUGAGAACUGGUGCACAUGAUAUACAUAGCUGGGCCAGCAUCUUCACUCCCACAGUCUGCAUUAUCCUGAGUUAGACCUGGUAGUUGCAACUUUAUCUGAUAGUUCCAGUUAUUGAUAUCCAAAUACUACAGAACAGUGGAACAUGAUGAACAGUGGAGCUAUUCACCACUUCCAUGCUCAAUUUGAGCCCUGUGCAUCUAACAACCUGAAUGUUUCAUAAUUACCUGUGAUUAUAGAGAGUGCAAUCCCAUGGUGUUAAAACAUCAGAGUGAGAUGGCAGCUGGAAACAUCCAUCUGAAUCAUCAGCUUCAGAAAUUUUUUAAUUCACCCAUUGAAUCAGCACCUGUUAAACUUCCUGCAUCUACGUGGACCCACUCUUGAUGUAGAUGUGAUCAUAUUGAAGUUGUACAGUAGCGCCUGUUGCUAAAACUAAACAUUAAUGUUUCCAUGUAGCUCAGUAGCAACAGUUGCGUCUGCAGUCAGUUUGCUGUGUCAAUGAAAGUGAAGUGCUGAAACAGAAACAGAGCAUGCUGGAAACUCUGUACUCAACAGGUCAGGUAGUGUGUGAGGUGAGAGAAAAAUAAACCAAGUUCAUAUUUCAGGCCAGUGAACAGUGAAAGCAAUUCUGAUGGAAGGUCACUGGCCUUGGAUAUUUAAACUGUAAAAUGGAGAUGAAGAAACCAUGGCUAGACCCUAACUUUGUUUAAGCCUUUCAGGAUUUAAACUAUUGUUGGUCAUUUUGCAGGGUAUUAACUAAAUAAUCAAUCCUGACUGAAUGUUGCCUUCAGAUGAACGUAAUUCUAAUUAUGGUCAAAAAGUCAGUUUCAGCUUAAUAUUGAUGAACACAGCAUGUUUCUUGCAGGGGAGACUGAAAAAUCACUCUAGAUACUGUACCAUGCCUACCAUCUUGUAUAGCAUUAGGUCAUGCAUCAGUCUGCAUGUGAUGGGCAGUAUCCAAGUCUGAACAUGUGGGUACGUUCAUCUUGUUCUAGUACAGGUCUCCAAAUGUUUGGAGAUUGAAUUCAGUAACACUGUAAACUUGUGUUUUUAAAUAGGAGAAUUGUACAAAACUUCCCAAUUAUUGUGGAAAUCCAACAGAUUGACUAAUGUCUGUCAGAGAAGGGAAAUUGCCAUUCUUGCAUCAUCGGACCCUACACAUCUUUAGCUAACACUGUGGUUGACUCAUCAUGCUUUAUCAGUGUCAUCCAUGACCAUACAAUAAUCAACCACAAAGCUGGAAAACUACAAACUGCCAGCAGACUAUUUUUGAUGAGUGAUUAUGUCUGAAAUGACCAUUGAUGAAUUAAUUGGGUUUUUGUGACAAUCCAACACCUUUAUAAUCACUUCAUAAUGUUUUGAAGGAAUUUGAUUUUAUGUUCUCUGAAUGUUUAUUACAGGCUGCUUUUACUACUCCAGGAACAACUGCACCCAUGACCGACCUGUUUGUUCUCUGUCGUACUUGCUUUUGACUGUCCAUAUCUUAAUGUCUUUGCCUUGCUCUUGUGACAAGCUGCCACCUGAUAAUGUGUUAAUUGCAAUUUGCUUAUUUCUGUUUUCUCUCUACUUUUGAACCACAAGUUGGGGAAAUUAUGUGAUAGAAUUUCAUUAAUAAUUCUUCAAAGUUUUGUGGGUUUUUAAACAAGCCAAUGGUAAUGAUUAACAGCAUAUUUAUUUGACCCGAUACUGUCAGUGACUGUAGUACACUGAUUUAUUUCAUUGAUGUCAGGGUUUGUUUCAGUGAUUAAUGAUUUACUUUGGUGAAUUAUUACUUAAAUAUUCCAUUCUAAAACAUGCAUUUGUGAUUGUGAACAUCUGCUAAGGUGGAUUGGCUGGUUAGGAAUGGAUUUCUGACUUUGUUUAAUUCAUCCAAAUUUUGGAAGUUGACAGACAGGCCAUUCAGCCAGUUUGGUCUUUGUUAACGUUUAUGUUCCUGAUCGGUUUUCCCCGACCCUACUUAAUCUAACACAACUAGCAUAACCUAUUUUGUAACCUUUCUGCUUGUCUAGCUUCCCCUUAAAUGUUAACAAAUUCCAUAUUCUAAAAUAAAGUAUUGCUCUUGAGUAAAGAGGUUUCUACUAAAUUCCCCAUUAGUUACCAUCUUAUAUUUGUGGGUACUAGGUUUAGAUUCUGCUCCACAAAUUGAAACAACGUUGUCAAAUACUUUAAACAGUUUUAAAGAACUCAUCAGAUUGUCCCUUAAGUCUUCUCUUCCUCCAGAGAGGAGACCGAGCCUGUUGGCUUAUUCCCGAUAAUUAGAAUUUCUUGAUUUUAUAUCCAUCCUUGUAAUGUAAUGUUUUUGAAGUUUAAUUUCUUGUAAAAUCUACAACAUUUCUCUGCUAUUGAGAUUGACAAAAUGUGGAAAAAAGUUUGGUCAGGUGCUGUCACCUGUAUUACAGAGGUGGCCCUGUCACUAAAGUCAGUUGGUUUCUGCCAUCUAAUGUCUUUGAGAUGUUAACACUUUAACAGUUGUACUGUCGUUGCUGAGCUUUCCUCUCGUUCUUUCUCAAUCUGAGUCUAUUCUUGGUGGGUUAAGUAUGGUCUGGCCCUGACCACAGAUACUGUCUACAUUUAUUCACUUUCUUGCCCUGUAAAUUCCACCAAUUUACAUAAACCCAUGCGCCUCACCCACAAACUGUUACAUCGAAAUUUCGGCAGGCCUGUCAUUCCAGCUCUUCAGUAUCAAGAUAUUCACUCGUGACUAAAGCUCCCUUUCUGACCUUGCCUCUUCUGCCCAACCUCUUGAACUACCUCUCCUAACAGACCUCCUUUGAAACUCCUCAUGAAUAGGUACUGUGUUGCAAAUCCCUCUUCCCAGCUACUGGACUCGGUGUCCCUCGAGAGAUAAUGUGCUGUGGACCAUCUGCAACUGCUGUGUGCGAUGUGUGACCAGUGUCUGUCCUGGUGUAUAUUUGUUGCUCCUCAGUUAUCUGUACAUUAUGUAAAGCAUGUGUAAAAUAAACUUCCUGUAAAAUAUCUUGUAUUUCUGCAUACAGUAAAAAAUAU